AUGAAAGGGGAAAGUAAGCCGAUUACGGACCCAUCUGGCCGCUUCGAAAAGAUUGAUGUGGCGUUAUCAGUCCAUAACAAUGUCAUUUGCUUUAAAUCAUUUGACAGAGAAAAUGGUCUAGAAGUUUCAUGGUAUGAAGUUGAUUGCCAGAACUUGAACGAUAAGCAGAAAUUCGCUCUCGAGCAGCGCGCUCAAGUUGUGAAAGGAUUCAAAAAAAUAAAUCUCCUCUCAGUUUUUGCUUAUUGGUUUAAUUCCGAAAGAACAAUCUUUUAUUUCAUUACAGAAUCAGUUAAUUCUAAAUCUGUCUUCGACCGAGUUAAACGAGACCAGCCAUUAAGACCCCGUGCAAUCGUUCGUUGGCUUGGCUCAGUUCUCCAAGCUUUAAAUUUCUUACAUACCCAGCAGACACCUUUUGCCCACAGCCGUAUUGAAUUAUCUUCAAUAUUCAUCAAGCAGAGUCGUCAAGUUCUCAUUCCUCCAUUACUUAAUCCGGCAUUGCUUCGUCCAACCUCGAAUCAAAUCAGAAUUCGUUAUACCACUCCUCCGGAAGCUUUGAUUAAUCAGGUAUGCCCAGCUUCCGAUAUUUGGGGACUUGGCAUUGCAGUUUUAUAUUCUACAACAUCAGAACAACCAUAUUCAGAAUGUACAUCACCAUAUCAGUUUAUACAGAAAUUGCGUUCAUUUACCCCUCCAGCUAGCCUUCAGAAAGUUCAGGAUGUCUACUUAAAGAACUUCAUCGAGCAAUGUCUCAAGCCAACUGACCAGAGACCAACAGCGGCAGAUCUUCUUAACCACCCGAUUUUCCAGCAGAGUUACGAAAACCCAUCGCAAGAUCAGCCUUCAGAUAUUCAAGUAGAAAUGCUUAUAGAACAGAAGGCCACAGCUAAUCCAUUUAGCUCGGCUGGAGCAAUUGGACAGAUCAAUUCUACAAUUCCAUUAUCUCGUGGUGACAAAGUUACAACAUCUACUCCUCACAUACAUAACAUCAAAUAA